AUGGAAUUAAGCAAGAGUAGUUCGACUCUAUCGGGAGAUGCAAAGGAAGGUAUGAUCUCCAUUCGCCUUCGCCCCGCUGUCCAUGGCAUUCAACGAUGGAUUGAGUGGCCAACCAUCUUCAGCAGUCACAAGAAAGCCAACGCCAACGCCAACGCCAACGCCAACGCCAACGCCAACGCCAACGCCCCGAUCCAGCUCGACAUGACUCAGCUCCAAGACGAGUUUGGGCUCAUCUUGCGGAAGCUCGCCCGUCCACGAAUAUAUACGAAAGUGAAGGAGCCUUCCGGUACUGAUAAUUCGUCUUUCACUGGUUACAGUUCGAUAACCGAUAGUACUACCACUACAACUGGCUACGGGGAGGAAUUCAAUUAUGUGGAAUAUCAGUUCAUGAGUACAAGGUUCAAGGAAUCCAUAGAUGAACUCCGGAGCAUCGCGUCCAGAAUGAACUCUGCCGGAAAACUGCAAGAGUGCUUUAAGGUGUACAAAAGUGUCCAGAAGUCUUUGGUCGACUUGAGUUUCACAAGGCUUGACAUCCGGAAAUUGAGCUCUAAUGAGCUCCGAAAUCUGGAGUGGGAAGCUUUGGAAGCGAAAGUAAGCCAGUGGAUACGAGCGGCUAAGGCUUGUGUUAAAUUUCUGUUUGAAAACGAGAAGAGACUCUUUGAACAAAUAUUUCAAGGACUUGGAACUGCCAUGGAUUAUUUUUCCAGCUGUUUUAUGGAAAUAACUAAUGAAUCUGCGCUUCGGUUAUUUAGCUGUGCUGAAGAGCUAAUUAUGGGCAUGAGAAAGAGAUUAAAGCCUGAGAAGUUGUUCAGAAUUUUAGACCUCCACAACGCUUUGUCAGAUCUUUUGCCUCAUCUUCUUGAUAUUGUUUCCGAAUCUAUCCGGAUACAAGCUGAGAAGCUGCUUUUGCAGCUUGCAGAAGCUGCAAGAGAGAUUCUAUCAGAAUUUGAGAAUGAUUUGCUUCAUGAUCAGUCUGAUUUUCUUGAUCACACAGGGAAUGUUCACAGAUUGACAGUGUAUGUUCUGAAUUACGUCGCUCAUCUCUCUUUCUACCAGAAAAUACUAACUAAAUUGAUUGUAUCAAAGCCGCCAUAUCAGAAACAAGAAAAAUUAGUUCUCAUGAACACGGAAUCUUCCAUGGAGAUUGAGGAACGAAGAACUGCAUUGGAGGUCCACAUGAUUUUGAUCAUUGAAAUUUUACAAUUCAAUUUGUUGGGUAAAUCAAAGUGCUACAGUGACGACUCUCUAGCUCAAUUAUUCAUGUUGAACAAUGUUCACUACAUUGGUCAAGAAAUCAAAGUUUUGCGAGAGAUGGUCGGCCACAAUUACUUUGACAAGUUGGUCCAAAAAAUAUCGUGGCUGGUAACGGCCUACAGGAGUUCAACUUGGGACAGGAUUUUCUCUCGUCUGAGGGAUGAAAGAUCGGUACAACCAUAUUGGACUACUUUUCUACCUGGGAGGUUAUUGACCAAGAAUAUGUUGAGAGAGAAUUUGAAGACUUUCAAUUCAAUGUUCCAAGAGGUUCAUCAGACUCAAUCAACAUGGGUGGUACCAGACUUACAUCUUCGAGAGAAGCUUCGCCUUUCCAUAUUUACGGAGUUAUUUCCGAUCUACUCUUCCUUUUUGGAGCGGUUUGAGAGUCAUAGAGGAGGUGGAGAUGGCCAAGGGAAAUACAUUAGGUACUCCAUCGAGGAUCUUAAGACUGCCAUCUCGAAUUUCUUUGAGGGACGCCCAGUGCACCAACAAACUAAGACAUGUUGUCUCGAGGGAAAAUGA